AAUAAUUCAUGAAAGAAUCUUGAAGGUGCGAUGAAACUGAACAACUAGGUGUAGUGAAGUGCACUGAGCAAAGAUCAUUUUAUAAUUAUUUGCCUUUUAAUAGAUGCGGCAUCCAGACACCAUCGGGAUUUCUGAAAGAGUACCACCUAAUUAAACUUACCUGAAUGAAGAGGGUUUUCAAGGAUUUGCUUAAGAGUGCAAUUUUUAUUGUAAUUAUUUUGUCUACUUAAUUCUUUCACCUAUAAUGUAUAAAUGAAUCCAUCCGACUGUCUUUACAUUUUAUUUGAACAUCCUCAACCAUUUAAAAUAUUUAGAAGAUUAACUACUUUUCAUACCAGCCUGAAACAAGAGGAAGAGAACUAUACAAACAGAAUGCCCACUUUUUCUUAUAAAAGUGUACACCAUUUGUAUAAUUAGAAAUAGUUAGACCCCAGACAUCCAAAACUAUGUGUCAGUUGAAGUUGAUAGUCCACAUUGAGCUAAGUCUGCUAUUUGCUAGCACCAUAGUGGCACGUCCGAAUAUAUAUUAUGCGAGCCAAAGAAGAAUACCUAUACACAUAGCAAAUUUUGAAACAGCGGCCUAUAAUAUUACGAAUUUAAUCAGGACAGCUGUAUUCUUAAGGGAUGAUGUCAUGGAGGGGAAGGGUAUAAGGAGGUUGCACUUAUUACCAGGGCCUGUACAACCGUUAAUGGGCUUAAUCACCGAAUUUAUAGGAAAGUCACCACUUCAUCAGAUCUACGAAAAAGAUGAAAAUGACGAAGAUGAAAAUUCCAGUAUCAAGCCAAAGGAAGAAAGCUUCCCAAAUAAAGUUUUAACAAUUAGUAACUCUGGCUGGUAACAGCUGAAGUAACACACUUGUUUGCGGAUCAAAUGCACAGCAUUACAUUCUUCGAAGUGUUGAGCUGUAGGGAUUUCCAAGUAUGGUUUAAAAAGGUUAACAUUGUUGGUUGCAUUAGAAACUUCAUAUCGAUUCGUACUUAAAAUUAGUUUAUUUUGAAUUUUUUGCUUAAAUUAGGUAUUUUACAUACAUAUAUAAAUUAGGCAAUUAUAAA